AGUGGGCAAGAAAUCAUCGUUCGAGGACGAUGAAGAGCGCGUGUGCGCGGCGGCGGAGCUUGCGACGCAGCCAGCGAAUGCAACCAGUGUCAUGCAGUCGUUGCACCGAGUGCACGUGGAGAACGUUGCUGAUGCAAGGCAGGACACGGAAGUCCGUGGUGCACAAGGGUGCUAGAUCGCUUUAAGGAUCGAGGAGAUUUGUGUUUCGAGAUGAGGUACAAAUAUAUCGGGGCGAUCGGCGCGUUUUUGAUCGCGAUCGUCUGCCUGUUGUCAGGGUUGAUGUAUUAUUUCAAUCAAGACACAUGUCCAGUGGGAACGUUCCUUUGUCACAACACCACUACCUGUCUACCACAGAGAAAUUGGUGCGAUCAGCUAAACCAAUGUCCUUACGGAGACGACGAACAGAAUUGCUAUGAUUAUCACGGCGUAUUGGACUGGUUUGGCAGUGACAGAGAUUCCGAGGCAGUAAGGGAGUUCGUUUGCGAUGCCACCGACAUUCCUGUCGGUUGUAAGUACGUGAAGUGUCGUGCAACUUGUCAAGGGUACACGGAAAUUCCGCGAAACCUAUCUACUCAAACUACUUCCAUAACUUUGUACGACAGCUCGAUCAAACGCGUGCCAACGGGCGCCUUCGCGCGAUACUCGGAGAUUCGUAUACUGUAUCUCGAUGGCAGCGAUAUACACGAGCUAGGAAAAGGAGCAUUUCUCAAUUUGACCAAACUGUUUUGGCUAGCUUUGGAUAAUAAUCAAAUUAGCGAACUUCGACCCGGACAUUUCGCUGGUCUAACCAACUUGGAAUCUUUGAGGGCCAAUAAAAAUAGAAUCACCAUGGCAGAUUUCUCGGAUUUAGAAGGGAGCGACGCUUUAAACUUCAUAAAUUUGAAUGAGAAUCAACUGACUUCGAAAGGACUGAGAUUGCCCGAAUUACCAGCACUAAAUGAGAUAUUGUUGGAUGAAAAUAAUUUCGAGACGAUACCGGACACAUUGUUCGCUGGCUGUCCGUCGUUAAAAUUACUGAGUAUGCAAAAGAACAGGAUAAAGACGAUCGAGGGGGACACGUUUCAAAAUUUGGAGCAGCUGGUCGAACUUAAUUUGGCGUUCAACGAAAUAACGAGCGUCCCGCUGAAUGUAUUCCAGCCGUUAAAAAAUCUGACGAGGCUGCAGUUAGGUUACAACCGUUUUCACAAUUUACCGAUGGCUGUGUUGACUCCGUUGACGAGACUUUACUCCCUAGACCUGGAAGGUAUAAAUUUGGACACGCUGCAGAAGAACGCGUUCGACACGUUCGAGCAACUGGACUUCGUCUACUUCAAGAAGUUUCAUUAUUGCGCGACUUACGCGCCGAGAGCAAAACGAUGUCGACCGACCAGUGACGGAGUAUCAUCGUUAUCUCAUUUGCUUGAUAAAACUUUAUUACGAGCGGCAGUCUGGGUAAUUUCGUGCGUUACCUGCAUGGGCAACGUGCUUGUUCUUUGGGGGAGAUUCACUGCCAAGGAUGAGAAUCGCGUGUUAACCAUCAUCAUUCGAAAUCUGGCAGUCUCCGACAUGUUAAUGGGGCUGUACCUGUUUGUAAUCGCCAUAACGGACAUGAUAUUCCGCGAUAAUUACAAUCGAGUCGCCAGUUCAUGGAUGUCUUCGUGGUUCUGUACCUUUUUAGGAGUACUGGCAAUGACAUCUCUGGAGGUUUCAGUAUUGAUCCUGUCGUUUAUGUCCGUGGAAAGAUAUAUGCUAAUCGCAGCCCCGCUAAAAGGUCACCGUACCAUGACACCGCAGACGGCAUUCGCAUCGGUGAUCAUCAUCUGGAUCACGGGAAUUGCUCUUGCACUCAUGCCAGUGAUCCACUGGCGAAGCAGCACGAGAUUUUACGGUGUAAACGGAAUGUGUUUCCCUUUGCACAUCGACGAUCCGUACUUGAUUGGAUGGGAGUACUCGGCCUUCGUCUUUUUGGGAUUAAAUCUUACGGGGCUGCUUGUAAUUGGUUACGCGUACGCAGCUAUGUUUGUGAGCGUCUGGAGAACGAGACACGCUUGUUCCCUGUCUGUUGGCGACUCCGAAUUCGCCUUGCGAUUUUUUCUCAUCGUUCUAACGGACGCGGCGUGCUGGGCGCCAAUUAUCAUUUUGAAGAUUAGAGCCAUGAUGAGGUAUCCUAUAUCAGCUGAUCUCCACGCGUGGGUUGUAGUUUUCAUACUACCCGUCAACAGCGCGGUUAAUCCGCUGUUGUACACAUUUACCACGCCGAAAUUUCGAGAGAGAUUAAACGACGGGUGGUUUGCCAAAGUUCGUAACUACAUGACACGAAGAAAAUCUUCCGCCAAAGAUUCGAGAACGUCCACGUCGAUGAGCAACAGGAAUAUAAUGUUGUCUUUGUCCAAUGGAAAAGAGUAUAUUAAUAAAAUUCCUCCGAUGCUUGAUUUUAAUAAGAAGAAAACGCAGCAGACAAUGCAGUGAAUUUCAUAUUAUACGAUUAAUCUGUUAUUACUCGAGAGACGAUAGAAAAGGCAGGUAUUUCUCUUGCAUGAUAAACAUUAGCCUAAGCUUUUACCAAUUAACUUGGAAAGUUACAUAGCGAAGGUAUAACGAAGACAAUAGAUAAGUUUUAUGAACAAGUACAUACUCUGUUGUUGAAGGUUUAAUAGAAACCAAAAACUUGAUGUGUAACUGUUGUAUAUAUCUGUAUGACGAACUGUUACGAGUAGAAUAAAACAUAGUUUACCGAGAUCAUAUAAUGAAUCAUAUAAUGACAGUGAUCGUGGGAAUAUCGUAAUACGAAACCUAAAUGGAAAGGAAGACAGAUCACUGUAGAUUCAAAUUAGGAGAAAGGAUCGAUUA